UCGUGAAUAGUGGGGGUGGGGUGGGGGUGGAGCCCUUUAAACCCACAGCUGUUCUCGCCGAGCCUCGCACGGCACUCAACCGCCCAACUCUCUUGCACGAUUUUACUGCUAAAGCGGUUGUCGUUUAUGGGUGCCGAUUAACCAUUAGUUUGUUAUCGACGUGUUUGUUCGGUGGCGAAUAAGUUAUCGUAUGGAAACCACCACCCCCACCGAUCAGAGUUAGCGACUCAAUCGUCGUAUGCGAAGCGAAUUUGCGCGUUAUCUGAAAUCGCCACACGCGGGAAUUUUGUUUAAAAAAAUUUUUGUUUAUCAAUUCGCCCGCGAUAUCGCCUCAAAAAAAAGGCACAAGGAGGAAGCUGAUUAAGGAGCAUGCCGGAGGUACGGGACAUCAUGGACGCCCUCCCCGGCGAAAGCGAGGAGCCCAUCGCAGCCCUCGGCGUCAUCUCCUGCCCAUCGAGCGUGCCGCUCGGCUACAGCGUGAUCGCUCGCACGAUGGAGGGCUCCGACGCAGACCUGUGGAAAGACGGACUGUUCCGUGCAAAGACGAGCCGUUACCUGUGCUACACGCGCCUCCGCCCUCACAGCAACGGUUACCCAAGUAACGUGUUGGCCGAUCUGAAGCUCCUCGGAGAGAAGGAGACGCUGCCCCAAGGAUUCUUUGCCCUGUCCGAGACGCUGGACACAAAUGAGCCAGCGCUGAAGAAGAAGCGUCUGUGCGUCCAGCUCAUCCCUCGCGAGUCCACGGAGGCGGCCAUCACGGACAUCAUCGUGAGCGGCAAGCCGAAGCAGAUCCCGUCACAGUACACCUGCAUCGGGGAGACCAACGGGAUGCGGAUCUGGUACCGCAUGGGCCGGGUUCCCAAGGUCGUGCCGGCUCCCGCGAGGAAGGAGGUGGCCAUGGGGACGACGAGCGAGGCCACAGCGGCGGUAUCGGCGGCACUCCUACAGCAGUCGACACCUCACCCCAACCUGCCACAUCAGAAGUCUCUGACCCUGCCGUCGAGUUUCAAGAAGGGUCUCGCCCUGUCCAUGGGACACACUCAGCGCAACGGUGGGGACAACAUCUACGGCAUAACCGCGAUAGACGGGGUCCCCUUUGUCCUGAGCGAGAAGUACGACACGUCCUCCAGACACGCUCACGGGAUGGACAUAUCGUCCAUCGUCAUAAAGUCCAUCGUCGACAUCGAGACUGAAUACGAGUACAGCUUCGUGACGGAACGAAAUGCGGUCUCGCAGUCGCCGGCAGCCUGCAGCUGAGGGGGGGGGGGGGGGCUGCCCACGACUCCCGGCGCCCGCGGUCUCCGACCAAACCCGCCGCCGAAACCUCGUCGCAGCAGAAGGAAAGGUGCCCAACCUCGUCAUCCCAGGCGCGGCGACGUGUCCACUCCUCGUGGUUCUUUUCGCCCGAUCCGUUGGCGUGGGGGUUGGCGGGGCUCUGGAGCCACAGCCGGCCGGCUGCUUUCAAGCGACAAGAUCAUUCUUCCGGGACGAGCUGUCGGAACGAGAAGAUCGGGGAAGUUGACUCCCGAAGUCGGUUGCGUCUCUCGCUCGCAACGGACGCGCGUGCGGACGUGGGCACCGCGCGUACGGACGAACGGACACGCGCAAACGAACGCACGUACGGAACGAACGCACGUACGCUCAGACGUACACAGCGCGUGCGUGCGUACGUACAAACGCACACGCGCGAACAUACGCAGGGGACGCGCGUACGUACGAACGCUCGUACGCGCGGCGCGGCGGACGAACGCGCAGAACGGUUCUGCGGCGAGCCUGCCGAAUUCCGCGUCGCCCGUCUCGUUUUUGAUUUUCGUUUUUUUGUUUUAAUCCGAUUUUUAAAUCGCCGGCCUUUGUCGCGACAGCGUUAAAACCCAGAAAACGUAACGAUACUAAACCGAGGCGCCGUGAUUGUAAUCACGUCGCCACGGCGAGCGGCGGCGACAAAUUUACGCGGUUGCAUAAUUUAAUUUAAUUUCACUUUUUGCCAAAUUGGCGGCGAGUUCACGGAGGUCUCCCCGACCCACGCCGCCCGACGCGGCUGCCGAAAGUUUCCCGCUUCGACGAGCCUCGGCGACGGUCGCCUCCGACCUUAUCGCGUGCCGCUCGUGUAACGCGUGCCGCUCGCCUUUGCCGCGUCAGACGUUUCGCCCCGCACGUCCUGGGAGCGCACCUUCAGGAAAUCGGUUAGUAAUAAUAGUAGUAGUAGUAACGCUUUCAUUUUAUGUAGCGUCAAUUGUGCCAGUUGCGUCCCAUAAUGCAGUGCAAGGACCGAACCCAUAUCCGGCCGCGUAGCCGUUGGCGCGCACUCGUUCACUCGCUGCAGUGUCUGACACACCCGCUCGCCAAGUCUAACACUCCCCUGCACACUCGUGUACACACUCCCUCUCAACACCUACUCGCUCGCUCUCCUCUCAAUCCACACACUCUUUUUCACACGCGCGCUCACCCGCUCACCGUUCACACGCUCACUUGCAAACUCACUCACACACUUUCACACACGCACACACACACACAAACGCAUGCUCUUCUUACUCAUUCACCGUUUCACCCAGUCACUCGCUCAACUCAUUCGCUCGCACUGAUUCACACACCGAUUCACACACCGACUCACGCACCGAUUCACACACCGAUUCACACACAGACUCACGCACUGACUCACGCACCGACUCACACGCAACAGUUGAUUUCCUGAAGAAACUCCCGCAGCGUGCACACGUUUGUAAAUGUUCUUGGUUUUCCUGUUAUCGCGAUGAUGAUGUUUUAUGCAAAAAUACUGUACGUGAUUUUUGAUGGAAGGAGGGCGGCAGGGGGGUGGGGGGGGAGGUUGUGAGUUGAGUGAGCAUGCUCGGUAAUUUUACUGUGAAACUAAAACUGAACUGCUUUUAAUUUGACCAGGUAAGGCCCACUGAGGUUUUGGGUUCGAUCCCGGACUCCUGACGCCUCCUGCUGCUGCUGUAUAUUUGGAGUUUGCGUGUCUCUCCCUCUCUCUCUUCCCGUGCUCGCGUGGAUUUUUUUUUCCGGGUCCUCCGUUUUUUUUUCUUCCCCCUUCCACGUUUUAGAAUCGACGUCACGACGCGCUCAGAGUGUUUGGCGACCGCUAAACAUUUCCACGCGACGAUGACGAUGAGCCACAGCUUCGUUGAGCUGACGUUUGUUAUAGCAAGGGUCGCCUUUCCCGAAGACGACGUUGUGGCCCAGUGGGGCCUUAGCUGGUAAAAAUUAAAUAGCAAAAAAAAUGUCUCGUUUAGUUUUAGAGUCUGGAUAGUGCUUUGGAUGGGUGGACCACCCAGCAUCACAGGUGCUAUAGGCUUUGGGGUUACAUUAGCGGACGAUAGAGGGCAGUGCUAGCCACAUUAAUAGUGCUGCUUUAUGCCUCUCCCGUCCUAUGCUCCCACACCUUAACUGGCCCGCACUGACCAUUGUGGUGAAGUAUGGUCAAAUAUCCGCCCCCCCCCCCC